CUGCUCCGCGCGCAUCCCUGCGCGCACUCACUCCGUGUGGACUGUCGCUGAGAGUGGACUCUCCGGGAAUGGGCUCAACAGCGCGAGCGAAGAAAAACUUCCAGUUUUUCCGUGUUUAUGCCCUUCAGAGGCUCCUGUUCAUCCUGCGGGAAUAGAUCCGGGAGAACAGCCGCGCGCCCCAUGCAGAGAACCGGGGGGCAAAAAAAGGAGAUUUAAUUGGGAAAGUAAUACGAAUGGGAUAAAAGAAAGUGAUUUAAUUUUGUAAAAGGGAUUUUAAAUAUCUGGAUUUCCCCGAAAACCUCGAUUUUAAUCUUGAUUUUUAUUUUUUUUUUCCAAAAGUUUGGUCCCGGAGAGAAGAAGAGCGGGUCAGGCUGAAAGUUGCUGAAAGUGUGUAAAAGUGUGUGUUAGAGAGAGUGUGUGUGUAUGGAGAGUGUGUAUCAGUCAUGGCGAAGUGGUUUAAAGAUUUCCCCACCAGCCUGAAAACCGGUUCAGACCGAAUCCGCUCCGCAUCUGAAUCCGGACCCCAGACCCGACCUAAACCCGGGCUGAGCGCGAGCGCGGGGGCCAAAGGCAGCCUGAGGAAGACUUCAGAGAGCGGGGGAGCUGGAGGAGGAGGAGGUGGAGGUGGAGGUGGUGGAGGAGGUGUUGGGUCACUCCUGUCCGGCAGAACCAGAAAGAACUCGGCUAUAGAACUGGGUCGGAACCACGGCAGCUCUGGAUCAAUGAAGGACGGGAAGAUCUGGGAGAUUCUGAUUCCCGGAAAGAACAAGAAGAGCCCGAAGAUGGAAGGAUUUGAAGAUCACCGCACUCUCAGGAACACCACCAUCGCUGAUGCUUACAUGAGCCGAAUGAUCAAAGUGGACAAACAAGACAAGUGUUCAAAGUAUGGCACAGUUCCAGCAGAGGGUUCAGGAACGGACAACGAGAAGGGGAAGUCACCUGUUAAAACUGAGACGCUGAUAAUCCUGGAAGACUACGCUGACCCAUACGAUGCAGAGAAAACGAGGGAACAGAGAGAAGCUGAAAGAGAGGGAGAGAACGAUGGAUACAUGGAGCCUUAUGAUGCGCAACUCAUUAUUACAGAGAUUCGACGGCGAGGAUCGAAGGACCUGCUGAAGGUGUGUGUGGUGCUGAAUGGAGGGGAAGGAGAGGGAUCAGGACCUCCACAGAUCUAUGAUGUUCCGUAUGAGGAGGUUCUGGAGGGAAUCCCUCUGACACGGCCGGAGUCGGACCCCCGGCCGCCUGCGGAGUACGAACUGCCCUGGGAGUGGAAGAAGGAGCAGAUCGUCCGUGCACUGUCAGCUCAGUUUGAGGGAGCAGAGCGAGUAUCUAAAGAUGACGUUGGUUCCCCAAACGUGAAGCAGCAGACCCUGCGCUCUGUGAAGAGCUGGACCCCCAAAUCUCUACGCCCGUCCCCUCCAUCCCCCACUUCACCCACCUCUCCAAACAUCAGUCCCGACACAGAAAGCCCCAAAGUGGACCCAACUUUACCCCUGGAGAAACAGAGCUGGUAUCAUGGCAGCGUGAGCCGUCAGGAGGCUGAGGCUCAGCUGCAGAACUGCAGGGAGGCCAGCUUCCUGGUGCGUGACAGCGAAUCAGCAACCAGCAAAUACUCCAUCGCCCUCAAGACGAGUCAGGGCUGCGUGCACAUCAUCGUAGCGCAGACGAAAGAGUGCGGAUACACACUGGACCAGAGCAGCUGCGUGUUCCCCAGCAUCCCGGAGGUGGUUCACCACUACUGCACCCAGCGCCUGCCCUUCACUGGAGCCGAGCACAUGACCCUACAGCACCCGGUGCCCCGGGCACACUGAUCACACACUGAUCAUACACACUCACACACACCAGAAGAGCCCAUCACAAAGCCAGCAGCAUAAACACACCUUCUGAGAACUGCCUUCCAAACCCCGCCCACUACCUACCAGUACCUACCAGUAACUACCCUGCACUAAAUCUCCACACACACUUCUCCAUUUCUUCCUGCAGUGCUGUGCGGAAUCUGCCUCGACAUCUAAGAAUCUGAUCUGUAAGUUUUUAUCUCUUCAUCACCAGCAUUAACUAAUCCGGAGGAAGACCUGCGAUCCCGUUCCCUGAGAUUUUAUAUCUUUUAUAUCACCAUUCAUUUACAAAUUGCUAUCCCAUGACUUUUUGCAUACCAGUCUAGAGUUUUACAGCUAAACUAAAAAAAAAAUCACAGGUGAAUCUGAGAUAUUUUAGUUAAUUUUUUCAUUUUAAUUUCCAAUUAUUGCUCAGUUUUUCUUUAUUUGUGGAAAACAGUGCAAAACGAACAAAAGAACAUAUCGUCGCCACUUAUCUCCAAAACACCAACUUUACAGUAAAUAGAAAAAUCAUUGUAAACUUUCAAUGGAAGUCAAUGUAAAAAGAGUUUAUUUCAGGUCAUUCAGGUCAGUUUGUCUGUUCGAAUUAUGUAUUAAACUAAAAAUCGUCAAAAAUGGAGAAAAGUGUUUUUCAUUGGACAGCGACGAUAUUCAAAAUUUACAAGACUUAAAAAUGUUUUUUUUGACAAUCACAGGUGUGACGAAUCAGUAUUUCUGUUAUAUAUUUCAUCUCUCAAUUUUAAAAACAAGAAACAAGUACACAAGUUUUCAUUGUUUGUAGACCUCUGUUCCCUCAUGAUUUUACAUUUCCAGGCCCUGUUUAGAAACCAAAGCUGUUUCUAAACUGUAUUCUGUAUUCUUCCUGAAUACUAAAAUUUAGACUUAAAACAUAGUAAGAGGUCAGAAUAGACCCUAAAAAAAUAGCAGGUCCCCACAAGUAUCAGGUCCCAACAACACAGGUCCUCAGUCUCAUGAUGGGCACUGAACUUACUACAACGCCAGUAAAACACACUUUUUAUCUCUCUGAGUUUAUAGUGGUGUGUUUUUGUUUUUAGGCCUCAGUUCCCCCUACUUUUACAUUUCCAGGCCCUGUUUUAAAACCAAAGCUUUUAGCCAGAAAAACAUAUUUUUCCUGAGUACUAAAAUUUAUACUUAGUAAAGUAGUUUGUAGAGACUGUAAUUUAGUAUUUUUAAUUUCCACAUUGUGCCUUAUGGUAUCCUCAGGAUGUUCAGGGAUGAGCUGGCUAGCAACCUCUUCCAUCCUAAUAAUAGUGCCUCUGAUCUUAUGGCCACCUGAAGGUGAGAUGCUUCUCAGCUCCACCUGGUGGUUAAGGGGCUGUAUUGCAAAAAAACAGGACAAACAGAGGACCAGCGGUUCUAGACCUGCAGUUUCAGGACAUGACCUUGCUUAAAAUACUUGACGUUGCCAAAUAUUUGAUUUAAUUAAAUAUUUAUGUCCUGUUUUUUAUUAUUGCAACACACUAAAGAUAAUUAAGAUUAUGUCGAAGUUUGAUUGUGUUUGUUAAAGGAUGGAAACACUAAAAGGGGACUAAAGUUGGGAACCAAUGUCAGCCACUUCAUUAAAACUAACUCCUUGUUUCUACACUUUUCUACAAUUUCACAGAAACAAAAUGACUUCAGAUUGUAAUUCUACAGUCUGUAGAAAUAAAAAGUGUCAUAUAUGGCCAGUGUAGAUGAAAAGAGAAAAACAGAAAAACAGACAAUGACAGUAGAAACGAGAAGCUGGUGUUAAUGUUAUGGCAGGUUGGUGUAUAAUGUAUUAUGUUGACAUGGUGGUAGUUGAAUGUGGAGGUCAGGAAAGUUACCUCUAAUCAAGGUAACUAGGAAAGUUAGUUUAAUUAGCUUUUAUACUUGUCUCCAGUUUUUUGUUAUAGUAGUUUGACCUUUUUGAUCAUUAUUUUUGGCUAGAUUAGCUUAAAUCCAGGGUUUUAAUUUUUUUUUAAACAUUCUACAUUGUAAAUUGAUACUAAUUUCAUCCACAUUAUGAGGAAAAACAUAUGAAAAUAUGAAUUAGUGAAUAAAAAAGGUUUAAACAAACGAAAAUAUGUUUUAGAUCUUACAUUCUUCAAAGUAGCCCCUUUUGCUUAGAUGACAGUCAGUUUUAUGAGGUAGAGUCACCUGGAAUUCAGGCUUUCAGUUAACAGCUGUGCUGAACUCAUCAAGAGUUAAUUACUUGAAUUUCUUGUCUCUUAAUAAAGUGUUUGAGAGCAUCAGUUAAAGUAAAGUAGUGAAGAGGUAGAGUUACAGGUAUAAAGAGAAUAGUGAAUAUUUGAGUAAUGUUCUAAUCCAGGUUAUGAGAAGCAAGAACUACUCAACUAAAUAAAGAGAUAAAUGACUCUCUAGGAGUUUCCUAGAGAGCUGGCUAUCUUAACUGUAUAGCUUUUCUCUGUAGCUUAAAGGCAUAGAGUAUUUUUUACACAUUGUAAGAUCGUCUGAAACCAAAUGCUAGUGCAAAUGCUAAUGCUAUUUAAAAAAUUGAGUAAACCUAAGAAUUUUGGGGUCGCAAACCUAAAACCUCAGCAUGUCCUGAAACUGCACAGUACUGAUUAAUGUCAGGUUUUAAAAUGAUCGAUUGGUGAUUUCUUCCUCUCAGGUCAAAACCCUGUGACUGCGUUCACAUUACAAGCCUUAUUUUUAAUUCCAGUUUUAUUUACUGGAAUUCAGUCUUUUUGCCUUUUUACAUCACAUCCCAUAUCUGUGAUUGAGUAAUCCGAAUGUGCCACUUUAGACCUGGAAUGUGAAUUAAGAACUGCCUAAGAACUGCUGCCAAAUGUGUUCACACUGAUUCGGUUUGUUUUGUUGUUAGCUUGUAGCAAUGGUGAUGUCUGUGAAAGAGUCAAAUCUCAAUUUUAUCUCUUUUUUGUUGAUAAUGUCUAUCACUGGGGGUUAUUGUUGGUUUUUUUUGUUUUUUUAAAGGAGUAUUUGGACACUCUUUACAAAAUUCAAGAACCUUUUGCACCAGAAGUAAAGGCAUAAAGUUAUCCAAAAGCAGUGUGUAAGACUGGUGGAGGAGAACAUGAUGCCAAGAUGCAUAAAAACUGUGAUUAAAAAAACAGGGUUAUUUCACCAAACAUUGAUUUCUGGACUCUUAAAACUUUAUAAAAAUGAACUUUUUUGGUUUUCAUUGCAUUAUUUGGGAGAAAUGUUGUCCGUAGUUCAUAGAAUUAAACAACAAUGUUCAUUUUACACAAACAUAAACCUAUAAAUAGCAAAAUCAGAGAAACUGAUUCAGAAACUGAAUUGAUCUCUUAAUUCUUCCAAGAGCUGUAUUUAAUAUUUCUUAUUUUGAUAUUAUUUUUUAAAGUAAUAUUAUGAGAAGAAAUAACUUAUUUCUAACAUCAUUGUAUUGGUUGUAAGGAAAUUAAAACAAGUUUUGUUUUUAAAAAUUAUGCCCGAAACAAGCUAUCAGAUUUACCACUGGAAAAAGACACUUUUAGUAGAUUAAAGUACUUAAAACCAAGACAAAUAAGUCUAAAAUAAAUAUACUUAUACUUCUAAAUGCUACCAACAAUGUAAAAAUGAGAAAUAUCAGAUAUUAAACUAGAUUUAAGAGGAAUUAACUAAGUUACAUUUAGAAGGCAAAGGAAAAAAGAACAGUGUAUCAAGUUAGAAGGGAAAUAAUUUAAAUCAGUAAUUUUAAAAGCUAUGAUCUGGAUAAAUAAAGGCUAUAAUAAAUAAAAAGAGCUGUCUGGAAACACUUUUAAGGGAGUCAUUUAAGGGCAGAUUAAGCCUUUCAGUGGACUGGUCUAUCUUCUUGAUUGUCCUGAUCAAGCUUUUCAUUGAUUGGUCUGAGUUGGGGAUGUGGGGGUGGGGUUAAAUGGAUUUUAUUGGACACGCGCUCACGCCUGGUUAAGCGGUAGAGUACCUGUGGCACCGGCCGGUACUCUAAUCCCUAAUCCACCUGAGUGCUCUUUGCUUUGAUUCAGACCGGUUUCAUAUCAGAACUGCAUUUUACAAAAUAUUAUGUUUAUAUUUGUGAGCAGUGAUGCUGUUUUGUUAUUUUUUAAAUAGAAAGGAUAGUGUGUGUUUUUGUGCCACUGUACAAUAUAAGAUCAUGCAAAGCCUGAAAAUAAAGCCAUUGUGAUUUUAAA